UCCUGCCUUCCCUGCCGAGUCCUGCUGCUUCCCGGAGGCGCUGGAGGUGCAAACUGUGGCCCAUGGGGCCCUCGGUGCUGCCCACCUGGCAGCAGCCCAGGUAUAGAAAGAAUGUGUACCUUUUCAUCUAUUACCUAAUCCAGUUCUGUGGCCACUCAUGGAUACUGACAAAUAUGACAGCCAGAUUCUUCUCCUUUGGAAAAGAUUCAAUGGUUGACACAUUUUAUGCUAUCGGGCUGGUUAUGCGGGUUUGCCAAUCCAUUUCCCUCCUGGAGCUGCUGCACAUUUAUAUUGGCAUUGAGUCAAAUCAUCUUUUCCCAAGGUUUCUGCAGCUCACGGAGAGAGUGGUCAUUCUUUUUGGGGUGAUCACCAGUCAAGAGGAAAUCCAAGAGAAAUAUGUGGUGUGUGUUUUAUUCAUCUUUUGGAAUCUACUGGAUAUGGUAAGAUACACAUACAGCAUGCUGUCAGUCAUAGGAAUAUCUUACGCUGUCUUGACAUGGCUCAGCCAAACACUGUGGAUGCCAAUUUACCCUCUGUGUGUUCUUGCCGAAGCAUUUACCAUCUAUCAGUCACUGCCUUAUUUUGAAUCAUUUGGCGCCAACUCCACCGUGCUGCCGUUGGACAUAUCUACCUGUUUCCCUUAUGUGCUCAAGCUGUAUCUCCUGGUGCUCUUCAUAGGUAUGUAUUUCACCUACAGCCAUCUUUACACAGAAAGAAAAGAUGUCCUCAGAGUCAUUUCUGCCAAACAGAAGAAAAUGUGAGGCAGCAUCCCUGCCCAUCGCACAAAAGAGAAGAUGGGCUGGUGGGUCAGCCUGCAGCCAACACAACACUGGUAUAUGCUAGAGUAAAAGAACAGAGAACUUAACAAUAAUCUAUUACAUGGAUUCUGUUCCACAUCUACUGUGCUUUACGAACAAAUCUUCAACAGGCACAGCACACCUUUGCUACACCAAGGCUGUGGACUUCACACAGGUUACAUUUAUACUGCGUGAAGUCUGAAUGUUUUCGUGUAAAGUUAAUGAGAAAUAGAUUCAGUGGAGUAAGUUCAAUUGACUGAGAAACCAACUGAUGAACUUCUGCAAUAACAACUAGCAGAUUUAUAGGACAGGAACGCUGUAAAGUAUCCUCUUUAAUUCUAGGAUAACAUACUCUAUAGACAAAUGCCGCACCAUUAGAACCAAUCACCUUGAACAUUACAUCUACUUAGAUACUCUGCAGACAAAUGCCCCUGCCCUUAGAGCCAAUCACCUUGAACAUUACAUAUAUUUAGAUGCCUAUCAAACAUCUUCUGUGACUUAGCUCAGGCCACUGCUAUAUCACAAAUUGCAAUCCCCUCCCAUAGGACUUGGUUGCAAAACUAUAGAAAUCUAUGUUUUACAGUUCUGGAGGCUUGGAUGUCCAAGAGCAAGAUGCUAGCCAAUUCAGUAAGGUUAGCAUAGAUGUGAACUGUAGAUCUGAUCAGCUACUCUAUCAGGAACACUGCUAGUCUGAGCUGUAGUUAAUAGAGAUAGGAAGACAGUUGGAUUUCUUAGAACUUGACAGAAUGGCCCCUUGUGCUCUUGGAGAUACACACACACACACGUACAUUUUAUAUAUAUAUAUACACACACACACACACACACACACACACACACACACACACACACACACACAUAUAUAUAUAUUCUUUUCUAAGACCAGGGAAGGGUGAAUCAAAGAUGAUCAGAGCUGCCUCCUAAGUCACAUAGGGGCAACUUAUCAGCCUGAAUCUGUGUGAUGAUGAGUUCUCUAAGAAAACGAGGCUUCCACUCCAGAUGUCCUUUCUUCCUCAGCUCUGACCACAAUCACUUUUAUCAAACCCUAAAAGAUGAUCUCAGCAUCUUAAAACUCUUCCAUCUUCUACUUAACUUCAAAGCUGCUUCUCCACAUUUACGCUCUGAGUACAGUGGUGCCUCGCCUCUUGUUAUCCACUGCUCUCUUAGUUUGGAUUGCUGCAACAAAAUACUAUUAAAUUGAGUGAUUCUGGAAAUCAAAAAGCUCAAUACCAAGAUAGCAAGUGACAACUGAUUCUUGAGUGUGAGAUACAGAUGGAUGCCUCCUUGCUGUGUGCCCACAUGGUAGAGAAAGAAAACACCUCUCCCAAGUCCCUUCUUGUGAACUCACUAAUCUUCAGAAAGGCUCCCUCUUCACCCCUACUUACUUCCCAAAGCCCAUCUCCAAAUACUUCCACUCCAAAAGAAGUUAACAUCUACUAAUUCGUCAUAAGAUGUUUUUAGCAGCCCCUUGGUUACUAUGGAGUUAUUACAUUAUUACUGUAACAUGAUUUUAGAUAAUUGCACAGAUACCCACAUCUUUGCCAAAUGCAUACUUUUCAAAUCCAAUCUGUGUUUGGAUACCUCCUUAAGGCACAAUGUAGGUUUAACCCUACCCGGGUGCAUCCCCAAAUACUAUUUGUCUUGGCAACUUGUGUUUUCAAGAUCUGACAAGAGAGGACUUGAAACAAAGACUUCCUUUAUGUAGUUCAGAACAUGGUCUAAAAAAGCAGCAGCAGCUUGCUUGUGUAAAAGCGGAGAGCGAGCAUCUUGGUGGAACAAUGUAACUCUUACAUGGGGGUCAUACAGCUAACCAGGGGCAGGUUAUUAUUUCAUUGGUAUACCUUUGAGUUUACUCUUUAGAGUCACUAAUUUGGAAUCCUUAGAGGUCCAAUCAGCAGAAAACCACAUGACUUCCAUCCAUGACUGCUCAAAGCAGAAAGAACUAGUUAAGAGGACUGAGGAUUACUUUAUUUCCUUCUUUUUGUAAGCUUCUGUUUUCUCGUGAAGGACAGGAGGAAAUACCAGGUUUGAGAAGAAAUUAGGUUGAAAAGCCAUGAGAAAUCUGAAAUCUGAAGUCUAGGCAGAUUCUUCCUUUCCUUGGGCAUCAGCAAAUGUUUAGUUGCUGAUUCAUGAUGUCUACAGUGCCCACUUCCUCUUCAGGGCUCAUUGUCUCCUGUAUUUUCAAGGUACUCUGGAAUCCAGAGCUCUUUAAUGCAUGCACACGAACUUGGUUUGCUACACUAGUCCCAAGCUUCCAAGUGCCAAAGGCCUGGUGCUUCUCUUAGCAGAUCUGCACCUUAGAGUGGGAGCCAAGGUGUCUGAUGCAGUAGAAAAGGCUUUGGAUCUUAGGCUCUAGGACCUUGGUUUCAGGUAAAACUCUCCCACUUAUUAAAUAUUUGUGUUCCAUUUUAAAAUAGAAAACAAUGCUCCCUAUAGUAUUGUUCAAGACUUCAAACAAGCUAAGGCAAAUGAAAAGUCUAGUGUACUCAUGGUCUGGCACCCAACAGCAAAUGCUAGAUGACUUUCAGUUUCUAGAUAGUAGGGAGUAUACAAUAGCACACAGGGGAUGAGAAAAAGCUGCUGUAAAUUGCUACCACCUCUUUCUCGCUUGGCUGAAACUUAUUUCCUUGUAGUCCAACUUGUAAAGAAAUUAUAUAUCUGGAAAAUAAAAUUAGUAGCGCUACUCUGAACUUGCCAGGUGCACUUUGGGACAAGAAGAUAAGUGCCACCUGUUAGUAGCAGAAGUUUUAUGGUGUUUGUGAAGCCCCAGGCAUUGUCUGUAUGGCAGAUACAAAAAGCACCUGACAUCAGUGUCACGACUUUGCUUCCUAAUGAUUCCCUGUUUGUACAUUUAUAUGACUGAGCCCCAGUUGAAGUCACGGUAAUUAGUGAGCAUCCAAGUUAAAAUGCUGCCCGAGUCGCUCGUCAUGGCAGUAGCUGAAAUUGUGAUACUAUCACAAACCUUUAGGCCACGAAUCAUUCUAGUAAAGUGAGCUGUACUUAUAAAAAAAAAAAAAACAAAACUGAUCUAUGGAGAAGAUAUUUAUCCUUUUUUGCUUGUCUAGCAUCCUACAUCUUUCUCCUGGGGAAACUUAGUUCAGAGGGUUUGCUUGGGGCUGCCUCCUCUGUGACUUAGGCCUGGUCACUGAGUGUAUCCCACCUGCCAAGGACCAGAUACUGUUCAGAGACCCACAUGGCUUCUGGGGUCCUUCUCCCAGUGCUGCUUCUCCCGUGCCUGUGGGGAAAAGAACCUUUCUUUACCUUUGAGGUUGCUGGCAGACACCUUGCCAAGUAGGAGGCAGAGUCUCCAGAGGAACAGAUCACAGCAUCACGGGAUCCAUCAGACCAACAUCAAUGUGAAUUAAGUCUCCUUUGCGGCGACUGCUGUUGUGAGAGAACUUUUUCUUGCACUCAUGACAUCCAAGCACAGGAGUUAUACCCAUCGCUGAUGAACCUAACCUGGGUACCAGUCGGUGUCAUGCCUCGCAAUCUGAAUGUGCCUAGCAGUUCUCUUGUGUUUUAU